UGGACUUACGACGCCGAAGACAGUGUGUUUUAGGAAGCCGUAAGGAAAGACAUGGAGAUGGACACUAGGCGAGCGGUUUUCUUGGGCACGGUGGCAGUGCUUCUCAUCAGCUCUAUCGUCCUAAUGUGUGUAUUAAUCCAAGCUGACCCGGAUCAACCCACGAAAAGUACCCAUCCGUUAAUCCUUGUGUCACUAGAUGGAUUUAGGGCGGAUUAUCUGGAUAGACACAUCACACCUACCUUGCAGUCCAUUGGGAAUAGAGGAGUGAAGGCGAAUUACAUGAAGCCAUCCUACCCAACCUUGACCUUUCCAAACCACUAUACUAUUGUCACGGGACUGUAUCCAGCGGCUCAUGGUAUUAUAGCCAAUUCCUUUUACGAUCCAGUUUACAAAGAAAAAUUUUCAAUGGGGACAAAAGACGGCAAAUGGUGGGGUGGAGAGCCCAUCUGGAACACUGUAACAAGCCAGGGUAAGAUCAGUGCAACAUACUUCUGGCCGGGAUCAGAUGCCAACAUUGGUGGGAUACAUCCGUCGUAUUGGUACCCCUAUAAUGGCAGUAUUCCCUACACUGACCGCGUCGACAAGGUAAUUGAAUGGCUAACGAUACCUGACCCAACAAAACGUCCUGACCUCAUCACACUGUAUUUUGACCACACAGGACACGGCAUUAACUUGACCCAUUUGUCUCUACAGGUUAACGAGACGGUGAAGAUAGUGGACAACAUGAUAAAGAGGUUAAUGAAAGGUCUGGAUGAUAAUUAUUUAACCCAAGAUGUUAAUAUUAUUAUCCUGGCUGACCACGGAAUGGCGCCCGCGGGUCAAACACGCCUUAUUGAGUUGAACGAGUUGGUUCCUAAUAUACACAACAGAUCUUUCACCUAUACCGGGGCGUUCAGCAGAAUAGAACCCACAAUUAAAACGAAAGACGAAAAGAUGGACAUUUUGGGCAGCUUAGCAUGUAAACGGCCACAGCUUCGGGCGUAUGGCAAGACGGAGCUGCCAGUAAGAUUCCAUUUUGGCGACAACAGACGAAUUGAAACUAUUGUCUUGGAUCUUGAUGAUGGAUGGACGACCGCAAUUAAAAGCAAUUGGUCUUUAAAAGGUCAACAUGGUUACGAUAACUACUACAAAAAGAUGAACGCAUUAUUCUUAGCCACUGGACCAGACUUUAAGGAGAAAACAGAAAUAACAUCUUUCCAGAAUAUUGAACUGUAUAACUUAAUGUGUCACCUGGUCGGAGUCACACCUGCCCCAAACAACGGCACCUUGGGAUCACUGUACCAUAUUUUGGCUAAACCUCCGCCGUAUCCAUUUGUACCACCGGAGAAGAGGCCCUCAACUGCCGUGUACCCAGAAGAUGUUAACUCAAAACUUAAUAUAUCUGGUUGUCCUAAUGACUUCAAAACUCCUCCUAAAUGGUUCGAUGCUCUCAAAAUAAGCAACACGGAACGAAAUAAGCUUGAAACCUUCCAUCUACCCUGGGGAAUACCUCAAACGGGUCAAUUACCUGCCAAAAUCCUCUUACUCCACCAUAAGGAUCACGUAACAGGGUAUUCCACUGCUCUCAAGAUGCCCCUAUGGACCAGUUAUACCCUGGAUAACGUGCCACAGGGAACCAUUAUAAGCAAGUGGACAAGUGACGUCAGGCUCAAUGUCGCCACGUCUCCUACCUGUCUCUCCUAUGAUCACCUAAAUGACACUAAUUAUAAAAUGACUCCACUCUUUCCCCCUCAAUUGUCAAGUAACGCGUCACUACCCGGGGUGCCAUAUCUAGUCAGCAAUGCAGUGCCAGUUAAGCUUCCAGUGCCACGUGAUUGGCUCAAGCUGAUACGUGCCAAGGUCCCUGAUUGGUUGGCUAAACGUGGGCCGAUUAAUUUCUUAAGUGGUCCUGUGUUUGAUGACAAUGCUGACGGCUUUCCUGACAACUUCACUGAGUUUACCAGUCCACCAUCAAUACCAACACACAUCUUCCUUAUCAUCACCCAAUGCAAGACGAGGCCCUCAUUUGACGGCUGCCCACAAGAUGACCUCCGUGCUAUAUCAUUUAUCUUCCCGGAGGUUCAAUCGGUCAAUAAUUGCCUGAAUGGCACAAAUUAUCUACUUGAGUUCAGCGCCAAGGUGAAAGAUGUCGAAUUAGUAACCGGAUUGAGGUUUUAUCCGAACUUGGAAUUUUCAAACCGAAUUUCACUUGUACUGAAAAUGAUAGUGGACUUAUGGCAAUGAUGAUGAUGAUGAUGAUGAUGAUGAUGAUAAUGAUGAUAAUGAUGAUGAUAAUGAUGAUGAUAAUGAUAAUGAUGAUGAUAAUGAUAAUGAUGAUAAUGAUUCUUGUUAUUAUUUGUAUAUUUUAACUAAACAAUAAAGUUAUUCAGUUGACUAAAAACAAUUAAUUAUAUCAUUUGACUAAUUAUUAAGAUUUUGUCUUUGAUAAUAAUUUAAAAAAAAAUCAAUAAAAAUGUGAAACUUUA